AGACCGUCCCCCACGUUGGCACCAAGAGCCCGCGGAGUUCCGUGCCCCGCUCUGAGCCUCGGGACUGACAGCCCAGGGAGGGCUGGAGGUCGGGCUCCGGGCAACAGUGCUCCUAGCGCUCUUAGCCAGCGACGGAGGCCGACCCUUCGGGUCCCGUGCGAUCCUCCAGCCGCCCCCGGGGCCGGGACAGCAGGGCGGCGGCGCGAGCGUGGGAGGGGGCUCCAGGACUCUGCCGGCCCCGCCCCGCCCCCUCCUCGGGGACCCGGAGCCUAGCAUGGACCACACUCGGCGCCGCAGCCAUGGCGCUCGCCCGCUGCGUGCUGGCUGUGAUUUUAGGGGCACUGCCCGCGGUGGCCGGCGCUGAUCCCGCCUCGCCCUCGCCCCUGCACCGCCCGCAAACGUCCCCGCCGCGUCCCCCACACGCGCGCUACCUUCCCAGCCCGCGGCGGCCACCGAGGACCCCGCGCUUCCCGCUCCCGCCAGGGGUACCGGCUGCCCAGCGCUUGCAGGUCCUCACCGCCCGGCACACGCCCCCAGGGCUCCCACGCGGCUGCGGGGCAGGAGAGCUGUGGGGCAACACCACCGACCUCGGCGUCCCGUGUCUGCACUGGGCGAAGGUGCCGCCCUUCUUGGAGCGGUCGCCCCCGGCUAGCUGGGCUGAGCUGCGAGGGCAGCCGCACAACUUCUGCCGGAGCCCUGACGGCGCGGGCAGACCUUGGUGCUUCUACCGGAAUGCCCAAGGCAAAGUGGACUGGGGCUACUGCGAUUGUAGUCAAGGCCGGCUGUUGCCUGUCAUUCGCCUUGCUGGUGGGAAUAGCGGGCAUGAAGGUCGAGUGGAGCUGUACCACGCUGGCCAGUGGGGGACCAUCUGUGACGACCAAUGGGACGAUGCUGACGCAGAAGUCGUCUGCAGGCAGCUGGGUCUCAGUGGCAUUGCCAGGGCAUGGCAUCAUGCACAUUUUGGGGAAGGAGCUGGCCCGAUAUUGUUGGAUGAAGUGCGCUGCACAGGAAAUGAGCUGUCCGUUGAGCAGUGUCCAAAGAGCUCCUGGGGAGAGCAUAACUGUGGCCAUAAAGAAGAUGCUGGAGUGUCUUGUGUCCCUCUAACAGAUGGGGUCAUCAGACUUGCAGGAGGGAAGAGUGGCCAUGAAGGUCGCUUGGAGGUGUACUAUAGGGGAAAGUGGGGAACAGUAUGCGAUGACGGAUGGACUGAGACGAACUCACACGUGGCUUGUCGACUGUUGGGAUUUAAAUACGGCAGACAGGCCUCUGUAAACCACUUUGAAGGCAGCAAUGGGCCCAUAUGGCUGGAUGACGUCAGCUGCUCAGGAAGAGAAGCCAGCUUCCUCCAGUGUUCCAGGAGACAGUGGGGAAAGCAUGACUGUAGCCAUAGGGAAGAUGUGGGCCUCACCUGCUACCCUGACAGUGAGGGACACAGGCUUUCUCCAGGUUUUCCUAUCAGACUAAUGGAUGGAGAAAAUAAGAAAGAAGGACGAGUGGAGGUUUUUGUCAAUGGCCAAUGGGGAACAAUUUGCGAUGAUGGAUGGACCGAUAAAGAUGCAGCUGUGAUCUGUCGGCAGCUUGGUUACAAGGGUCCUGCCAGAGCAAGGAGCAUGGCUUAUUUUGGGGAAGGAAAAGGACCCAUCCACAUGGAUAACGUGAAGUGCACAGGAAGUGAGAAGUCACUAGCGGACUGUGUCAAACAGGAUAUUGGAAGGCACAACUGCCGCCAUAGUGAGGAUGCGGGAGUCAUCUGUGACUAUUCUGAGAAGAAAGCAUCGAGGAACAGUCAUAAAGAGAUGCUCUCUUCUGGGUGUGGACUGAGAUUAUUGCAUCGUCGACAGAAACGGAUCAUUGGUGGAAACAAUUCUUUAAGGGGCGCUUGGCCUUGGCAGGCUUCCCUCCGGCUGAAGUCAUCCCAUGGAGAUGGCAGGCUGCUUUGUGGAGCCACCCUUCUGAGUAGCUGCUGGGUGCUGACGGCUGCUCACUGUUUCAAAAGGUAUGGUAACAACACGCGGAGCUAUGCAGUUCGAGUUGGGGAUUACCACACUUUGGUGCCAGAGGAGUUUGAAGAAGAAAUAGGGGUUCAGCAGAUUGUGAUUCAUAGGAACUACCGGCCGGACAGCAGUGACUAUGACAUUGCCCUGGUUAGAUUACAAGGACCAGGGGAGCAAUGUGCCAGACUAAGCACCCAUGUUUUGCCAGCCUGUUUACCUCUCUGGAGAGAGAGGCCACAGAAAACAGCCUCCAAUUGUCACAUAACAGGAUGGGGAGACACAGGGCGUGCUUACUCCAGAACUCUACAACAAGCGGCUGUGCCUUUACUCCCCAAGAGGUUUUGUAAAGAGCGCUACAAGGCUCUAUUUACCGGGAGAAUGCUCUGUGCUGGAGACCUCCAAGAAAACAACCGUGUGGACAGCUGCCAGGGAGACAGUGGAGGACCACUUAUGUGCGAAAGACCCGAUGAGACCUGGGUUGUAUAUGGGGUGACUUCCUGGGGGUAUGGCUGUGGAAUCAAAGACACUCCAGGUGUUUAUACCAGAGUCCCUGCCUUUGUACCUUGGAUAAAAAGCAUCACCAAACUGUAAUUUAUGGAAAGCUCAAGAAGAGUAAAGAAAACUGAUGGGAAGUACCCAGUCUCUGUAUUUGGCAACAAGCCAGGGAAGACAACACCUGGAGCCCGAGAUCCCUCCUCCAGCAGUUUUGGGGUACAGGCACUUCAGUGUAAUGCUGAGAUUUACCAUCUUUGCCUAUUGUAAUUUUUGUAAGUUUAUAAAUUUGACCUAAACUACUUAAAACCAGAUCUUACCUACACUAAGACUGGCAUAUCAAGUUUGAUAACCUUUUGUAACAUAUUAUCUUCUUAGCAUUUGUUAAAUCAUGAAAUCAGGGGACAGAAUGGGACAAACUUAAAAAGCUGAGGUAGAUCAAGUCAUUUACUUAACCAUUUACUCACAAGUACGUUAGUAACAAGCCCAAGGACAUGUUUUAGCCACCUAUAAGCUACUACCAAAUCCUCAUUUCCCCAAAAUACAGUAAGCAGGUUAUCACUUGAAUUUUACUAGUGUUUGGACUAUGGUAGAAGAGUGCCAUCUACUGGCACUUUCGAGUAAGCCUACAGAUUUCUCAAGACUAACCAGUCACAUCCCAUUUUACACAUGCAAUAAAAAAAUAUGCGUACAUCCUAAAAACGAGGCAUACACACAUGACCGUACAACUUAAUGACAACUUGGGAAGUCAUGGAGAUCUUACAGUGGUCCAUUUCAAAUGGGAAAGCAGGCUAAGAAGGAUGGAGGGUAGUGCUGAUGGAUCCCUUCUCCUCUAUGGUUCCCAAGAUGCUAUCAUACUCUUGAACAUGAGUAUUGUCAGAGCCUUCUCAAAUCCCAAACUCAUUAAUAUGGUGAGGUUGCUACCCACUCUGAUAUGGCUGUAAAUAACCAUUAGGUAUCUGUUGUCACAAAGCAUGCCCCACCCACCAAAUGGUGCUGUACUCUUCACUUCGGGGGUGCUUGAAGGCCUUGUCUUUUUAAAACCCCAUCCUCAUAUGGCACUAGCUUACAGACGGGCUUGGGGAGCAAUGUACAUUUUCUGUAAAGGAAACUUCACACUGGU